AUGGCUCAGCUGUGUGAAAAGUGUGUGAAGUUGCUUCAGGACUUUGUGACCCUUGUGAAGAGGAUGUCCUCAAGUCUGAUACAGAACAUUAAGGAGUAUUUGAUUCUGAUAAGUGAAUGCUCUUGCCUAAAACGAAAGACCUCUGAAGCCAGACAGCUAUACAAACCUGUCCUUCAGCCACACGAAAAGGAGAUGGUGCGAGAGUUUCUACAGCACAUUGAAACAGGUUUUGAAAUGUCACCAUUUGGAAAAGACUCCUUGGAAGUUCUGAGGACCUUAGCAUUUUCAGAAAACCCUGGUUUACAGCAGUCUGCUGCUCUGUAUUAUUUGCAUAUGAGUCAGCACUUGAGCACCCAUCUCCCUGCUGAGCAUUUGGAAUCCUAUUAUGCUUUACUGCAGUCCAGUGACAUGGAGGUUCAGCAGAUGUCUUCCUUGUCCCUCGUAAAUUUUUUGCUGGAAGGAAAAAUAAACAAAGAACAAGUUGUCCAAAUUGGUUUACUUGAGCCAAUUCUGGAGCUGCUCGAGUCAGGGGACUCCACUGUCCAGUGCAACUCCUGUGCCUGCAUAAUGACUUUGGCUGUCUCAGAGUCCAACCGAGAGGCCAUCGGCUCAGCGGGAGUUAUACCCUUGCUGGCACUUGCCAACUCCUAUGAUCCUAGAGUCCAACAAAAUGCAGUUGGAGCUAUUCUCAACCUCACACGAUCAGAACAGAUCCAGCAAGUCCUGUGCAGGGAAGGAGCCCUCCCUGUUCUCAUCCUGAUGUUAGAAUCUCCUGACUCAGAAGUACAGUAUUAUAGUUGUGCAGCUUUAAGCAAUGUGGCAGCCAACUCUCAGCACCAUGAAGCCAUGUUGCGAGUUGGGGACAAAUUCCUUCUGCGGACACUCAUUUCUCUCCUGUCUUCAUCUGUGGACAAGGUUUCAAGCCAGGCAUGUGUUUGUCUAAGGAACUUGGCCACAAGUGUGAACAUUCAGGCUGACAUCAUUGCUAUGGACAUCCUGCCCAAGCUGCUCUCUCUCCUUGCAUCUAGCAAUUCAGAUGUUCAACAAGCUUCUAUUGCACUGCUCUGGAUAUUAUCCCAACACCCAGCCAACCAGGACGCUUUAAUGCAUGGAGAGGUGCUGCAGAACCUGGGGGUGCUAUUGUUAACUCACCAAACGGACCCAGGGAUCGUUGGUCACACUGCCUGUAUCAUCAAAAAUCUGAGCCUUUGCAAAAACAUACAGGGAAUCAUGGAAAGUCCAUGUGUGGAAGGACUCCUCCAGGCUAUCCUGUUUACUGAAAUUCAAGAAGAAUCUCUUCAUUACGUGACAUGUUCUCUUGGUGAGCUGGCAAAGCAUGAAGGUGCCACAUUACACUUGCUAGAAUGGAUGAAUGAACCCCUGAUAAAGCGCCUAGUGAGAUUGGCUGGGCAACGGGAACAUACAGAGUCAUCAUUUCAAGCUGCCUCCAUUGUCCGACACAUGAUAUGUCAUGAUAAAGUGAUGUCUCUGCUGAAAUGCCACAUGGAGGAAGUCCAGCACUACCUCAUGAAUUUUCUCAACCACCAAGAGAUUCGCUUUCAGCAGCUGGGUAUUUCUACGCUGGGCAAAUUACUGGAAGAUCCAGAAUUUUCAUCUGCAUUCAGCCAGAGUCAAUUAAUGGAACAUCUUGAGCAAGUCCGUCAACAGACAGAAGAAACUCAGGAGCUCCUUAAGAUGGCUACCAGCCACAAAGGCAGUUAACAUUUUAUUUACUCACCUCAUGAAAUGCUAUUCCAGCCUGCAGCCUGAUCCCUCAGAAAGAGUAACUUUUUUUUUUAUUACUACUUCUCAUAGCCAAUAUUUUCCUACCACUUGCAGUUCCACCCAACACAUAAUGACCCGGUGGAAUCAUGUACUUUAUACAACCUUAAUGUUUUGAUAAUGGAGUACGGUCUAGAAAAAGGUUUGAAAAAACAUGUCAACUUACUCUAUUAAAAUGUUUAAUGGCUACACCUAUAUUCCUGCCAUGUACAUGGCUGAUAAAAUACCCAAUAUUGGCUAAACUUUGCAUGCAUCUUUUUGAACACACAGUAAGCACUCUGUGUGUGUGGUUUUAUUUAUGUAAAAACCAGGUUUUAUUAAACACACAU